CGAGUCCCGGGCGAGCAGGAAGCCGGCGGCGAGGGAACCGGCGCCCACCAUGGCCAGGAGGCCGGUGGUGCGGCGAGCGGAGAGAGCGCGGGCGAAGGUCUUCUUGAGCUGAAAGGAUGAAAAUUGGUGAUUGGAAAGUCACUGUCACUGUCCUGAACUUUAUCCUGACUUCUGGAGUCCCAGUUGAUGUCUUCGGGCAUAUGAGCCUGUGAGAGUGUCCCCUGUCCCUGUCCACGAUUUAGGCAGCGUCUGGAGCAUGCAUCACUAGCGGGAUGGUUGGCCACCGAAGCUGCAAUGUCGUCCCUGACGACCUCCAGUGAGGGAGAAAACUCCACUCCCAGGUUUGUUGUCGGUUCCAGAGAUGAUGAGACAGAAUUUCUGGGAUCAAACAUGAAGACAGACGAAACCGAUUUCUUUGAAGAUGAUGAAGAGGAGGAGUCGCCACCGGAACGGCAGAUUGUGGUGGGAAUCUGUGCCAUGACCAAAAAGUCCAAGUCAAAGCCCAUGACACAGAUUCUAGAGCGUCUGUGCAAGUUUGAGUACAUCACAGUGGUGAUCAUGGGGGAAGAUGUUAUUCUGAACGAACCGGUGGAGAACUGGCCCUCUUGUGACUGUCUGAUAUCCUUCCACUCCAAAGGAUUCCCCCUGGAUAAGGCGGUUGCUUAUGCCAAGCUGUGCAAGCCAUUUCUGAUCAAUGACCUUGAUAUGCAGUAUUAUAUCCAGGACAGGCGUGAAGUGUAUCGGAUCCUUCAAGAAGAGGGAAUAGACCUGCCUCGCUAUGCUGUGCUCAAUCGAGACCCGGACAGACCGGAAGAGUGCAACUUGGUGGAAGGAGAGGACCACGUGGAGGUGAACGGAGCUGUUUUCCCAAAGCCAUUUGUAGAGAAGCCAGUCAGUGCUGAAGACCACAAUGUGUAUAUUUACUACCCGACAUCAGCAGGUGGGGGCAGCCAGCGGCUCUUCCGUAAGAUUGGCAGCCGGAGCAGCGUAUACUCUCCAGAGAGCAGUGUGAGGAAGACAGGCUCCUACAUUUAUGAGGAGUUCAUGCCUACAGAUGGCACUGAUGUAAAGGUGUACACUGUUGGGCCGGACUAUGCCCAUGCAGAGGCUCGCAAAUCCCCCGCUUUGGAUGGGAAAGUGGAACGGGACAGCGAAGGGAAAGAAAUCCGUUACCCAGUCAUGCUGACUGCCAUGGAGAAACUCGUUGCCCGUAAAGUCUGUGUAGCCUUCAAGCAAACCGUGUGCGGGUUCGACCUCCUGCGGGCCAACGGCCACUCUUUUGUUUGUGAUGUGAAUGGCUUCAGCUUUGUGAAGAACUCCAUGAAGUAUUAUGAUGACUGUGCCAAAAUCCUCGGAAAUAUAAUCAUGCGGGAAUUGGCUCCCCAGUUUCAUAUACCCUGGUCCAUCCCAACAGAGGCAGAAGACAUUCCCAUUGUCCCCACAACUUCAGGCACUAUGAUGGAGCUUCGCUGUGUUAUUGCAGUCAUCCGGCACGGAGAUCGCACCCCAAAGCAGAAGAUGAAGAUGGAAGUGAAGCAUGCCCGGUUCUUUGAAUUAUUUGAGAAAUAUGAUGGUUACAAGACAGGGAAGUUGAAACUGAAGAAACCAGAGCAGCUACAGGAAGUGCUGGACAUUGCGCGGCAGCUUGUGGUGGAGCUGGGAAGCCACAGUGAUUGUGAAAUUGAGGAGAGGAAAUCCAAACUGGAACAGCUGAAGAGCGUCUUGGAGAUGUAUGGGCAUUUUUCUGGCAUUAACCGUAAGGUUCAGUUGACCUAUCUGCCUCAUGGACAUCCAAAAGCUACAAGUGAAGAUGAAGAAGCUCGCCGAGAGUCCUCCCCCUCCCUUCUCCUGGUGCUUAAGUGGGGUGGAGAGCUGACCCCAGCAGGAAGAGUCCAGGCGGAGGAGCUGGGGCGAGCCUUUCGCUGCAUGUAUCCUGGAGGCCAAGGUGAUUACGCUGGUUUCCCUGGCUGUGGCUUGCUCAGGCUGCACAGCACCUAUCGCCACGAUCUCAAGAUCUACGCCUCGGAUGAGGGGAGAGUUCAGAUGACAGCAGCAGCUUUUGCAAAGGGUCUGCUGGCCCUGGAAGGAGAGCUGACCCCCAUCCUGGUGCAAAUGGUGAAAAGUGCCAACAUGAAUGGUCUGCUGGACAGUGACAGUGAUUCCCUUAGCAGCUGUCAGCACAGAGUGAAGGCACGACUGCAUGAAAUCAUGCAGAAGGAUGCUCAGUUCUGUGAAGAGGAUUAUGAAAAGCUAGCACCAACAGGCAGUGCUUCUCUGCUCAACUCCAUGACCUUUAUCCAGAACCCAGUUGAGGUCUGUAACCAGGUGUUCGCCUUGAUUGAGAAUCUCACCUCCCAGAUACGAAAACGUCUGGAAGACCCAAAAUCUGCAGACCUGCAGCUGUAUCACAGUGAGACUUUGGAACUGAUGCUGCAGCGCUGGACUAAGCUGGAGCGAGAUUUCCGCAUGAAGAACGGGCGCUAUGACAUCAGCAAGAUCCCUGAUAUCUAUGACUGUAUCAAGUAUGACGUACAGCACAACUGUGCACUCAAACUGGAAGGCACAGCUGAACUCUUCAAGCUCUCCAAAGCCCUGGCAGAUGUGAUCAUACCGCAGGAAUAUGGGAUUAAUAAGGAGGAGAAACUGGAGAUUGCUAUUGGCUUUUGUCUUCCUCUCAUUAAAAAGAUCCAGUUGGACCUACAGAGAACCCAUGAAGAUGAGUCUGUCAACAAACUGCAUCCUUUGUACUCAAGAGGAGUCCUGUCACCAGGUCGCCACGUUCGAACACGGCUGUACUUCACUAGUGAGAGCCAUGUGCACUCCCUGCUCAGUAUCUUCCGCUAUGGGGGGCUCCUGGAUGAAAACAAAGACCAGCAGUGGAAGAGAGCCAUGGACUAUUUGAGUGCUAUCUCAGAGCUGAACUACAUGACCCAGAUUGUUAUCAUGCUCUACGAGGACAACAACAAGGACCCCUCUUCAGAGGAGCGUUUCCAUGUGGAGCUGCAUUUCAGCCCUGGUGUCAAAGGCUGCGAGGAGGACAGGAAUGUGCCCACAGGAUGUGGCUUUCGGCCGGCCUCGGCAGAGAACGAGGACAAGAAGGCUGACCAAGGCAGCCUGGAGGACCUCUCCAAAAAGGGCAGCGAUGAGCCAGACCGUGCUCAGCAGAAGUCCCCACAGCCCUCUGAGCCAGUCAGCAUCCAGCGAAGGUCGCCGCUGAUCAGGAACCGGAAGACGGGGUCCAUGGAGGUGCUAUCUGAAUCUUCUUCCAGAUCAGGAGGUUAUCGCCUCUUCAGCACAUAUUCCAGGCAGUCUUCUGAGAUGAAGCAAAGUGGCUUAGGAUCACAGUGCACCGGGCUGUUUAGCACCAAUGUGCUGGGAGGCUCCUCCAGUGCCCCCAACCUCCAGGACUACGCACGCAGCCAUGGCAAAAAGUUUGCCAGCAGCCUGACAUACAAAGACGGGAAGUUUCAAGGGCUCUUAUUUCUGAAGUCUCUUUUGCUUGGAGCUGGAAGAGGGCUAAGGAACACUUCAGCAGAAAGUUGUCCCAAUCUCAAGCUGAGGGAAGAGCUCUUGUCUAUGCCAGCCGUAAAACGAUUUUCUGUGUCGUUUGCAAAGCAUCCGACUAAUGAUGUGUUGGAGCACCAGCACGUUGCCCAGUUGCUGCGCCGUUUUUCCUGUGACUGUGCCACGAGCCGGACCAUCUCCCUGGAUGCCACCCUAGCCCAUCACCUGCAGCAGUGCUCCUACCACCUGCGCCUCUUCAGGAGCUGGCUGAUCUCAGGGCAGGAUGACUUGGAGUGUCUUUACGGUUUUGAAGGCUGUUCCAUGGUUCCCACCAUUUAUCCCCUGGAGACCCUGCACAACUCCCUCUCUUUGCGACAGGUCAACGAGUUCCUGACGACUGUGUGCAGGAGUUGCAGUGAAUCGCAUGUCCAGUCCACUGCAGCUUUAUUUGAUUCAAUGAUUGGUAGCCAGAUACCAGGAGACCCCUUUAUGUCCCAGCGAAUCCUGUCAUCAUCCUCUUUGCCGUUGCGCCAGCGUUCAGAUAAGCCCCCUUGGUACAGCAGUGGCCCCUCCAGUACUGUCUCCAGUGCAGGCCCAUCCUCUCCAACUUCUGUGGACAACUGUGCUCAUUUCAGCUUCACUGAGAAACUUUCCAUCAGCCCCCCGAAAAGUGAGGAGCAACUGAGUAGACAGUCCCCUGAACAGGAAGAAAGUCAGCCUCCGGGCAGAGGGCUUGACAUGGAGGGGGGGAGGUUUGGGCUGUCAGUGGCAGAGCCAAGAGUUUCAGAGACCCUGGCCUGGAAUAAAGGCCCAGAACCAGGCAGGCUGUGCAAGAAGGAGUUGGCAGAGGAGGACACUAACCCAGAGGAGAAGAACAUGGGGGAGCUGGAUGAAGAAUCAUCUGGGAAAAUGUUAGAUCCAAGUAACACAGGAAACCCAAAGUGUGGUGCAGGGUCUGACCUGAGGCUGGCUGGGGAGCAGGUGAAGCCAGGUGAGGGUUGUGUUGGAGGAAUGACUGGCCUGGAUCAGCCUGGGCUGUCCAAAGAGAUCCUGGUGCCCUGUGAAGAGGAGCUGCUGGGAGAGGUGUUGGAUCCAGAGCAUAUGGGCAAGGAGCUGCUGGGGGACAGUGCUCUGUCAGACCAGCUUCUCUCUGGUCACCUGUGCCAGGUGCAGGCACUGCCUCCUGAGAAAAGCAUGGAGGAACUGCGGCUGCUGUGUCAGGAGGAUCAGCAGAAUUAGUGGCUCGCUAGACAGCACACUGCAAGCACUUCUAGCCUGGAGGUAACCCAGCUUCCUGCACAGCACCUCAUGCAGCUGGCGGUCCACAGCACAGAAGAAGCCAAGGCCACAUGACCCUGGAGUGUGGAAGGAUCUGCUUUGCUCCUCCACAAGCCAGCUCUUUGCCAUUCAGCAAGAAUGUUUGCCUUGUUAAAUGAACAGCAAAUGCAGUCUUGGUAUUGGCAUGGCACCUCUAUGGAGCAGGGACAUGGCACUGCACUGGUGUCCCAAGGUCUGUGUGCUUGCUGGGACAGCAGCAUUAGAGGACUGGUACAGCCAAGGCUUUUGGGGUGGUAAGUCCGAGGGACCAGAUACUCCCUUGAGACUUUUUGGCCCAUAGCCUUCAGAAAAAGGCAUUCUGGGCCCAAAUUAAUUGGAUCUGUCACAACCACCAACCUCCUCUCUGUUUCUUCUUUCCUCCUCUCUCAAUUCCCACUGCUGGCCACCAAAACCAGGUCCAGAGGGUCAAUGGCAGGAAGACUAGGAGAAGCAAAAAGCAUUCUGAAUGUGGGAAGGAGGGUAGUGAGGGCAUCGAGUUCAAGACUGCCACUCGCAAGCAAACAUCUCUUUGGCGUGGCCUUGGAUGUUUUCCUGCUGGGCUGGGGCAGGCAGGAGCGUGGGGAUCCAGCCUGAGAGAGGUAUGCAAGGAGGAUGCACACGGGUUUUUUUUCUCGUCCCCAAGGGUCAGGCAGGGUACAGCUCUGAAGUCUUGGUGACAGAAAUUAAAAGAAACUGCUCUUUGAACAAUUCAGGACUAUUAGAAACCAAUAAGGAGAAAUCUUUAUUAUAUAUAAAAUGAGAAGUAUUUAAUACAUAUUUAUGUAAAUGCCUUGUGAGCACAAGCCUGAGGGCAGAUUGAUACGGGUGUCCCUGCCGCAUCCCGAGUGCCGGCCAGGGCUGUGCUUCCCACUCCUCCUAUAUUUAUGGACAAGUCUGCGUGUCUGUCUGUAGCUAGAAUAUGUGUUUUUGUGAAGCUGUGCCCAAAGAUCUCUAUGCUGUGUUGUGAUGACAUGUUCACAGUAAAUCUAUGCUGUGGGUC